AUGAUUACUCAUCAGAUCAGGAAAGUCAGUAUAGUGCUGCUGAAGAUGAAGAUGAUUCAAAUCCAAGUUUACUUAGAAGAACAACAAUUGGAUAGCUGUUGUUGCUCUUUUGGCACUAGGUUUAAUAACAAAGCCAUACAUGAGUAUAAAAGUUCACUUAAAUUUCAAAACUUGAAUGAGGAGAAGCAGAACAUACAGUGUCAGGUUGUAAGAGGUGGAAGGAGGAUGAUGAUUUCAAUAUUUGAUAUUGUUGUGGGUGAUGUCAUACAUCUUAUGAUAGGCGACCAGGUUUCAGCUGAUGGGAUUUGCAUUUCUAGUUACUCUCUUUCUAUUGAUGAAUCAAGUAUGACUGGCGAGAGUCACACUGUUGAUUUAAUGGCUGGGUGCAAGGUGGCUGAUGGUUGUAGUACUAUGACGGGCUUUAUCAGAUUUACCAUCUUCUAAAGGAGUAGAUCCUUGCAGUUCUUGUCAAGAGAUAAGUGACAAUUUGUUCGAUCUUGUGAUGUUCAGAAAUUCCUUAACUUUAUCCUCUUCCCACUUCUUGGUCAACUUAUAGAAUAAAGAUUUGCAUCAAUGACAUUUUUAUGUGGACCUAAAUUGUUAUCAUUCUCCUUCAUCCCAUUGCUGACAAUUUUUCACUUAUGCAACCACAUUUAGUUCACAAGUGUUGGAAUGAAUACAGAAUGGGGAUUCUUAUGGCUAGCAUCUCAAAUAAUGAUAAUGAUGAGGAAACACCAUUACAGGUGUGUUUGAGUGGAGUGGCAAUGUUUAUUGGUUUUUCACUUGAUACACAAAGGAUGAUGAGGGAAAAGUAGAGUUCAUUACUGGUAAAACUAGUGUCAAGGAUGCUAUGGAUGGAGUAAUCAAAAUUUUCACUGUUGUAGUAGCUAUUUUUUAUGUUGCAGUUCCAGAAGGGCUUCCAUUAGUUGUCACUUCAACAUAAGCUGUCCAUUUUCUAUAAACCAUUUCUUUAAUCUGAGUUUUGGAUGACUAAAAUGUUAAUUAUAUAUAAUUACAGGCUUCCAUACUCAAUGAGAAAAAUGAUGUCUGACAAAGCAUUGGUAUAUUGAUAUUUUGUUCUCAUUGACUUGUAUAGUUGUAUGUAUUUUGUUUUAUGUUUUUGGUAAUUUUGUAUGUGCAGAUUAG